AUGGCGCUGAACAAGAUCGGAGAUGAUAAUCUCUAUAUCGGAGGAUUAAUGGCCCUGAACAAUAAACUAGCGAUUGAAAGGGAAAACAUUACCCAUACGGUGACCGUAUUACGGAUAAACGUAGACGAAGAGCGGUUCAAACCCUUCAAGAAGCACUUGCAUAUCCCCGUCGACGAUGUCGACGAUGAGGAUCUCCUGCAGCAUUUCCCAACCACAAAUGCGUUCAUUCGAUCGGGGCUUGAGAGUGGAACUGAAGGGGUGCUCGUUCAUUGUGCAAUGGGCAAGUCCCGCUCGGCGACCGUAUGUAUAGCAUACCUCCUUCACCGGGAACCGGGUGCAUUGACUCCCAGGGAGGCCCUGGAUCUUAUUCGUCGUACCCGGCCGCUCUGCGAGCCGAAUGGCGGGUUCAUGGAGCAAUUGGAGCUUUACCACCAAAUGGGGUGUCCAGAUAAUGUUGUUGAUCAUCCCGUUUACCAGCGUUGGCUCUACCAAAGAGCCGUGCAGGACAGCGUAGCUUGUGGGAAGGGGCCUGAGCUGGACGAGAUCCAUUUUGAAGAUCAAGGGAUGAAUACUAAUGCCACUGAUGGCGGUAAAACGUCAGGAGGUGGAACUGAGGUUAGAUGCCGGAAAUGCAGACGACAACUCGCCACACUGCCCUUCAUCGUCCAACAUACCCCAGGAAAUAAAAGUGUCACAUCCCAGCCGCAAAUCAAUCCCCCCACAUCAUCAUCACUACCGCCAUCUACAUGCGCCCACAUCUUCCUUCAUCCGCUCUCGUGGAUGCGUCCAUCCCUUUUCCCUUCUUCAUCUGAUCCGUCAUCUCCCAGUCCAUCAUUGGACCCAGACACUAACCCACCGCUCUCUGGUCGCCUCACAUGUCCAACUAAAUCUUGUGGAGCGAACAUUGGUAAGUUCGCAUGGGCUGGCAUGCCUUGUAGUUGUGGAACAUGGAUUGUUCCCGCCAUAGCUCUCGCAAGGGCACGAGUCGAUGUGUUCGACGCGAUUACGAGGAAGAGCAGUGCGGCUGGUGGUGUUGGUGCUGGGAUUAGAAUGCCCCCCGGUAUGGUUCGGGCGCCUGUGGCUGACGCCAGAGCUGAAAGAGAAAAUGAUGAAAGCGGGAAAGGGUUGCUAUGA